CACGAAUUACGCUGUUCGGUACUAGCCACGUACUAGGUUCAAGGGGAUCCGGAAUAAUCGCAGUCUCGUUCGUUCUCUAUUUAUAGUUCCUCGCAUCUAUUCAGCUGUUCGCUUUCAGUAUCAACAUGUCCGGAGCCGAGAGCGUCCAAAUCCCACGUGAUGGAAAUUGGGGUGGCAAAAAUUCGCGCGAGUCGGCCCCCCUACAUACGUGAAGUCGCGGUUAAAUCGAAACGUCACAAUAAAACGAGAAAUUUAUGAAACGACCUGAAACUCAUUACGCCGCAAUUAUAAGCAAUCAGCACACGAAGUUUAUGCAACACUUAGUUUUCAUCAUCGUUAGGCUACAGUGAUGUUCAGUGAAUGUGUUACAGUGCGCAAAAGUGACCGGCGCUCCUUCUCUCUCUCAGAAAGUCAGUGUUAUGCAAAUUAUGUUAUUUUGGUGAAAAACAAAAUUGACAUUGGUGCUAUUUCAGUGUGAAUGCCGGUGGAUUAUUGUGUUUGGCAAAAUGCCAAAUUUUAUAGGAACAGCCGACUGUAAACAAACAAAUUAGUGGCAGUUAACAAUAGUUAUGUAUGUUAAAAGUAUUUGAUUCCAGGUGUUUUACAAGUAUAUGAAAAAGCGAUGAUAAUAAAACAGAAACAAUGGCGAGAAAAGGAGAUACGAGUGACAGUGAUGGCCCGAUAAUAGAUGACAAUAUAAUAAGAAUUCAAUUAAAAAAACCGGGCCAGAGAAAAUGGGAGCUUCGGACGAGAAACCAUUCUCCAAGUGUAAAAUUUCCCACAAUCCAACUUUUCGAUAGCGAUGGAAAUCUUUUAGUUGAAACAAAUGACGAAAACAUAUCGAUAAAAAGUGCCGACUUUGACGAACACGCUCUUAAGACCAGUCACUCGUUGCAAGAGAAAGAUUUUAAACAUUACAUUGAUAAAAACUCUCUUCGGAAACACAAUACGAUCUCAGGUUCCAAAGUAUACACCCGUGUGUAUAGAACUCCGGUGACAAUAAAUGAUAAUACCAGGAACAGCAAUAAAAGUUACGUCAUACGAGAUGAUAGCAGUGUGGUAAACAUUCCAAGUAAACUCACAUUAAACAACAACUUAACUAAUUUACAUGCAAACAGUCUGGAGACUAGCCCGUUCCAGUCAGAAGGUGUAAGUGAUAUAAGUAGUUAUAAAAGUUCCGACAACGAAACUUGUGAAAAUAUAAAACAUACAUUACAAAAUGAAAGGCAUGAAAUAUUGCCCUUGGAAAAUGGCUCAAUUUCGCAUAAAGAUUCGAACUAUUCACCCGUCUCUUCUUUAAGCGAAGCAAAUCCAUCAUCGGAGGCGGUGGCAGACGAUAAUAAAAAUGAGAUGUACGAAAUUGGUUUACAUAAAUCUCGAUCAUUCAAUGACAGUACGCUAAAAGACGCAGCGAGUGAAUCUGGAGGGGUUAAAUUAUCUCGAUCCAAGUCUGGAGCGGUAUACAAUCCGCCGCACAAUAAAAUAUCUUUCCUCAACACUUACUUAAAAAGCUUACCCGCCAGAAUGAACUCUAAUCCGGAUUGGUUUACUUUGCAGCGGCGGCGAACAAUUGAAUCUCCAAAAAAUUCACGGGUGCCACUGAGACGGUGCGAAUUGCCUAAAAUCUCUUUGGAAAAAAUCCAACGCCCCUGUAAUAUGGACGAUAACACGUCCGACAAUGAAUUCAUUAAUAUUCCAACGGACUGUGCCGCAGACAUUGAAAUGAAAAAACGCUUGAAAAUGUAUAGACGUGGGUUAUCGGAAAUCGAGCCGGGGUAUCGGGAUCCAAAAGUAUUUACAGAAGAUCGGAGGCACUCGGUGAGUGGGAUGGUGAAAGUCCCCCAUACUUCGUCCUCCGAAAGUGUGGACGAGGCCGACGUAGUUCUCAGUCGUUUGAAGAGGAGGAUUCUCAAGAAUAAGAUAAGAGAGAAAAGACGGAGCCUCGGAGAAAAAUUUCAAUUUGGCAAACGAAGCAGACCGGGUAGCGAACAGUGCGAACAAUCCGAAAGGCGAGAUGUGGGCGGCGGGGCCCCCGUAAGGUCCCGCCGAGAGAUGGGCUCCAACAUCAGCCAGCAUUCCGCCAAGGGGCUUAAAGGGAGGCGCGCGCGAUCCAGCGGGGACCUGUGUAAUGGCGACUCUAAGAGCCAGACCGAGUCGUCGGUCUGCGGCUCUGUGGUCGGUGACGUCAUGGGCUGGAACAGGUCCUUGCCCAACCAUCUGGACGGCAACCGCCACCUAGCGGAUUACAGCCGCGUCAAUAACAACUACGGCGACUUCGGUACUUACAAUCGCUGCCAUCCGAAGGGCGGGAGAGGUCUGCGGUACAGAGUUUCCAAGUCUGGUUCUGAUGCCGAGCCAGUGUGGAAACUUCAGGAUCCUGGCUUCGACCAGGGUUAUGGUUCAGAGAGGUCCCCAGAAGACGACUACGUGCCUCCCAUAGUGCCUGCAAUUUCUUUAGAGGCGUACGAAGCGGAACUGAGAACAGUCUACCCGUUCAUCAAUGAUGAAAACACAUUCACCGUGGUAGUGGAAAAAGACGGCCGUGGUCUCGGCAUGUCAGUGUGCGGGGGUGGUGGUCUAGUCAGGAUACGACGACUGUACCCCCCUCAGCCUGCGUGGCGGACUGGCCGGCUAGCACCCAGGGACCUGCUCCUAUCAGCCAACGGGGUUCCACUGGCAGGACUAAGCACUUACGAAGCCCUGGAAGUGCUCCGGACAGCAGCACCAAGGGUAGAGCUGCGAGUUUGCCGGCCGCCAGCUGAAGUACUGGAGAGUGUGACGCCCCCCGACCCGCCGACCCCGCCCGCCCGCACGCCGCACCCACCGCACCUGCCGCCGCUGGACCCGCUCAACUGUCACCCCAUGCAUGCCAGGUUAUCUCAAACGACCAGCAGUGCGACCACAUCAUCAUCAGAAGGCCGUGGUCGGAGAGAGGCCAGUCCAGAAACAGACCGCCAAGACCUUCACUUGCCCAACCUGGAUGGACAUUUACCCGUCUACGAUGUGCAAUAUGGGGAGUUCGACAUAGUGAUGACGAAAGUGAACGGCUCCCUCGGUUUCACGCUCCGGAAGGAAGAUCACAGCGCGUUGGGGCACUACGUGAGGGCGCUUGUACGGGAGCCCGCACUCAGCGACGGCAGAAUACAACCUGGGGACAGAAUCGUUGCCGUGAAUGACACGCCGAUGUCGAACAUGUCACACGCUGAAGCGGUAGCGUUUCUGCGAGCUUGUGGGUCAGAGGUGCGACUGCGGUUGUACCGUGAUCAUGCCGCUACGCCGCUGUCUCCGAUGUCACCUAAAGAAGAAGCGCCCACGGACUCCGACGCUCCAAUGAAUAGGCCUAAACCGCCAUUGAGGCCCGAAGCUGUGUCCAUGUUGUGCGACCUAGCCGCGCGCCGCCUUACCCCGGACGCGGCGGACGGCUCGCGCUCACCCUGCCUCUCGCCGCGCAAGUUCCGCAAACUCACCAAGGAGAACAAUCACUACGAACAACCGAACGAUGUAACGAGUGCCAACAUAACGCUAGAGCACACGACAAUGACGAAUCGUUCCGAAUGCACCACUGAGCGCCGCCCGCAGAGAUCUCACACAGUGACACUAGCCAGCCCAACUGCCCCACCCGCUAGGAAACAAAAGCUAAGUCUGACAGUCCCACCGCAUGGAUACGAAUUGAAUAAUCUAGACAAUGACGCGUUGGAUGCGCCUAAUCUCUACCAGGAAGACAUGAGUCGACAGAGGUAUACGGAGCCAGCGUUCCCGGUGGACUCGGAUGAGCCAGUGUCGAUGCCCGUUGACUUGUCGAGUGAUGAGGUGCGGUUUAAGCACGCGAACCCAGCGUACCAAAGCGCGGUGCUGCAUACGAGUAGUGAAGGCGAUGGAGGUAAAGAUGAGAAUAAUGGUUUGAAGAAAUGGAAAGGAGCUGCGUUGUCCCCAGAUGACGAGCGGAGGAUGGUGGAGCCGCCGCUGCCGCCUCUGCCGCCGCCCCCUCUAACCUCGAAGGAAGAACCCGUCCAAAAGGAGAACAUUAAACCUGAACCGGUCACCGAAGAGACGAGCACUGAACCCACGAUAGUGACGGUGGAGUUGAACCGGGGAUGGAACAGUAGGCUCGGGUUCAGCGUGCAGAGCCAUCCCGAGUCGGGCCAGAGCUAUAUCUCUGCCGUAUACAACGACAGCGUGGCCGCGCGCGACGGGAGACUGCGCCGCGGUGACGUCAUCCUGCAGGUCAACGAUGAAAACGUGACAUCAAUGAAAACACCGGAAGUCAUAGACUUACUGCGAAUACUUCGAGGCUCGAUAUGCAUCACAGUGUUAAGACCGCCUAACGCACAAUAAACAUACGAAAUAUUUAUUUAUAUGCUAAUUUUAAACUAAACUACUUAUUUUGUUUUUGAAAUGAACCAUCGGUAGAACCUGUAAUAAAUCUCAUUGCGAUAAUCAAAAUGGACUUAAUAACACUAAAAUAUUGAAAAUAAGAACUUAAAUAACAAAUCGCUAUUUGAUUUUCGUAGUAGGAUUUAUGGAAAUACACAAAGAAUCUUUUUUAAGUUAUUUAAUGUAUUAAAUGUAGAACUGAAAUCACAAAACCUACGUACAGAUUCCAUAAUUUUUCACUGAACAUAACCACUUGUAAUGUCUAAAGCACACGAUGUAUUAUAUGAAUAAACAAAACAUGAUCAUAUUUUUAGAUGAAAGUGAAGAAAAAAUGACGAAAAUCUUGUCUAUAUUAUAAGUAGUGAAUUCAUUUUAAUAUUAAUAAAAAAUAAAUAAAAGGUAUGGUUCUGAUACGGAUGAUAAGUAAGUGACAAUAAAAUUUUACAAAGGUAAUUUACUUUCUUGGUUUAACAUGGGGUAGGUCUGUUGGUCUACUACUUGAAACAUGUCCACAUACUUUACUCAUUCUUAUAGGAUUUUUGUUUAUAACGUGUAUUAUAUUAUCAGCAGUGAAUAAAGAACUAUAAUUUUAUUAUUGAAUCAUUAUAAUCAGCUCCAAGCACAAUGUUAAGGAAUUAUAUAUUUUUAAUAAUAUACCUAUAUCAGGCCUACACCCAUGAAUAAUUAAUUAUUUACACGUUAACAAUAAAAAAAUUAACUGCGCGAGUUCCUAAAAUAUUAAUAACUCAUAAAAUCCAAUCCACAAACUUUCAUAAUAAAAUUAAUUAAUAUUCUAUUAUACGAUAAAGUUACCUAAUUAAUGAUAUUAAAUUUUAUUAAAAGGAUAUUGAUCUCUAUAGAAAUCUCGAUGAAUUUAUGUGAAUGAAUUUAGUGGUAUAAAUGGAAUUUUAGUAUUUAAUGUUAUUCCCACAUCACGCCCGACCAACUUCUGCAACGAAAACUAACAUUUAAUUUUCUUGAAGUACAAGUAAGUUUGAUUGCCUGAAAAUGUAUCAGUAAAGUUAACAUUAGUAAUUUCGAUAAAAAUCGUCUUUUUUAUCUGUUUUCCUGUUAGUACAAUUUUAACAAUUGAUCACUUUGUAAAAAAGUCUACACGUGUAGAUAAUGUUUAAUUUAGAUAGAGACAUUGGAAGUUAUUUACUAAAUAUGAAAAAUAUAUUAUAUAAACACUUCUAAUAUACAUAAAGCUUGUCCAUAGAGACAGCCGCCUUAUUCGCAAGCAAUAGCAAACAGUUUUUAAGAAUAUUGAUCAUUAAACACGGCACAUUUUUGUAAACUAGUCUUUUAAAUGCUAUCUUUAAUCACUGUUAAUUUAGAUACAAAAACCGAAUAUAAAAUUUUGCUAUCUAAUUUCAACUUUUGUCACACGACACCUUACCUAC